ACCGGAAGUAAACACACUAGUUGCAUUAGCUAGGUGCAUGUUAGCAGUUAGCUGGAAGACGCUAGUGUGGUCGUGUCUCGGGUAAAUAUUAAAGUAGUGGACGGAGCAGUGAUGUCUUCGGUUCAGUAUUUGAGAGAGUUUAUCAGCGAGCGACUAACAGCUGCUGCUGAGGAGAUAUUCACGGUCUUUGGAAAAACCAUCGUCCAGUACGAAGAAGAGGUGGAUCGUCAGCGCAGACUGCUGGAGACCGUUUUGAAACCUGAAAUAAAGCUGCACAGGAUCGAGCUCCCACAGCAUUAUGUCUUUAAGGAGGAGGAGGUUCUCACUGACCAGGAGAGGAACUCCAGUCUGGACCAAGAGGAUCAAGAACCUCCACAGAUUAAAGAGGAAGAGGAGGAAAUGUGCACCAGUCAGGAGGGAGAGCAGCUUGUACUGAAGCAGGAGACAAAAAUCUGUAUGUUGACUCCUCAUGUUGAGGAAAGUGACCACAGAGAACCAGAGGGUGAGCACCAGCUCCUCUCUCACAACUCUCCUGUAGCUGAGAGCCAACAUCUGAACAGAAGAAAACAUAUGGAUUCAGAAUCAACAGGAAAUGAAGAACCAAACCCACAGAAGAGUUUUCAUGAAAACAAAAGUCACAGUACCAGUCUGGACAACUCUCCCAUGUCAAAGAUUAACUCUAAUACUUACACAGGUAAAAAGUAUUUAAAAUGUGACACUUGUGGAAAAACUUUUGUGGAUAAGUAUAAUUUGACGAUUCAUCUGAGAAAACACACUGAUGUAAGACCGUAUUUUUGCAAAAUAUGUCAGAAAAGGUUUGUGAAAAGUGGUGAUUUGAAAGUUCAUGUGAGAAUUCACACUGGUGAGAAGCCAUAUUCUUGCCAAAUAUGUGGGAAAAGGUUUGGACGUAGUGAUCAAUUGAAAGCCCACUUGAGAAUUCACACUGGUGAGAAGCCACAUUGUUGCCAAACAUGUGGUAAAUGUUUAGUAAGUAGUAGUACAUUGAAAGUCCACAUGAGAAUUCACACUGGUGAGAAGCCAUAUUGUUGCCUAAAAUGUGGUAAAUGUUUUGUAAGUAGUAGUAAAUUGAAACUCCACAUGAGAAUUCACACUGGUGAGAAGCCGUUUUCGUGCUAAAUAUGUCAGGUUGUGUAAGGAUUUCUGAUUUGAAGGUUCAUAUGAAAAUUCACCCUGGUGAGAAGCCAUAUUCCUGCCAAACUUGUGGGUAAAGGUUUUGAUGUUAUGAUAGAUUGAGAAUCCAUAUUCAAAUUCACACAGGUGAGAAAUCAUAGUCUUGUAAAGUAUGUCAGAAAUCUUUUCUGAAAAGUGAUAAUUUGAAAGUCCAUAUGAGAAUUCACACUGGUGAGAAGCCAUAUUCUUGCCAAACAUGUAGGAAAAGGUUUGGACGUAGUGAUGAAUCGAAAUUCCAGAUUAGAACUCACCGUUGAGAAGCCACAUUCUUAUCAAACAUUUAUGAAAUGUUUUUGAACUAGUUGAAAUUCUAUCACACUAUGAGGUAAAGAUAUUAUAUUACAUAUUUGGAAAUCAUACAAGAUGAAUUUGUCUUUUAAAUUUAUGUUAGAGAAGUUUUCAUUACAUCCAAAUGAUCGCCAUAUUUUGCCUUCCAAUGUGAAACAAACUGAUGUAGUAUAAGUAUUGGCUCUAUGAAAUGUACCACAUUAAGAAACUUGUAUUUUAUUAACUAGAAUAUUUCUUUUAAUGCUGGUUCCUCAGACUGAUGUUUACGAUUGGAUGUAUUACAACUAAUAAAAUCUCAUUGUAAAUUCCAA